GGUGCCCUCCUUUCUCUGUUCGGCUGUCCCUGCUGUCCCCUUUGCCGUCCAGCCGAGCCAUGGCGCCCCCCUCCGUAUCCUUUCCUCUGCUGCUGCUUCCUUCUUUCCUCCUGUCUCAUCCUCUCUUUUUCCAUUGAGAAUUUCAGAGAGAAGAAGAAGCGAAUAGGGGUAAGCGAGGAAGGCGAGAGAGAAACAGAGAUGGCGAUCCUGUACGCUUUGGUGGCGCGGGGCUCGGUGGUUCUGGCGGAGUUCAGCGCGACGCCGACGAACGCCAGCGCGAUCGCCCGGCAGAUCCUGGAGAAGAUCCCGGGCACCAACGACAGCCACGUCUCCUACUCCCAGGACCGCUACGUCUUCCACGUCAAGCGCACCGAUGGGAUCACCGUCCUAUGCAUGGCCGACGACACCGCCGGCAGAAGAAUUCCUUUUGCAUUUCUUGAGGAUAUUCAUGGAAGAUUUGUGAAGACAUAUAGCCGUGCUUGUCACACGGCUCUUGCUUAUGCAAUGAAUGAUGAAUUUUCGAGGAUCUUGAGUCAACAGAUGGACUAUUACUCAAAUGACCCUAAUGCUGAUAGGAUAAACCGUAUCAGAGGUGAAAUGAGUCAG